AUGGCUGACAUUCAGGAGCGUCUCAAGAAGCUGGGCGCCAGCGCGCGAACUGGGUAUGGUACUCCCCGGAGAAAGGCCAAGCGUGCUCCCGCCCGGUCCGCCGGCGACGACAAGAAGCUGCAGCAGACGCUUAAGAAGCUCAACACUCAGCCCAUCCAGGCCAUCGAGGAGGUCAACAUGUUCAAGUCUGACGGAAACGUCAUUCACUUCGCUCAGCCUAAGGAUCCGUGGGUCUCUGCUUCUCGGAACGCUAACGGAAAGAAAUACACAGUCCACGCCGCUGUUCCCUCCAACACCUUUGCCAUCUACGGCAACGGUGAGGACAAGGAGCUUACCGAGCUCGUCCCCGGUAUCCUUAACCAGCUUGGCCCCGACUCUCUGGCCUCGCUGCGCAAGCUCGCUGAGAGCUACCAGCAGAACAUGGCGAAGGGCGAGGGCGAGAAGGAGGCUGAUGACGACGACAUCCCCGACCUGGUCCCUGGCGAGAACUUUGAGGAGAAGGUCGAGUAA